AUGACAAAGGCUACAGAAACAGCUUUGACGCUAUUUGCGCUUUCGGCACUUUACUUUGCACUUUCCACUGGUGUGAUUGUCAGUCCCAAGUUGUUCCAUGAUGAAAUUCUUCCUUACUUACCAUGGUGGGGGUUGGUGACAUUUGGUUCGUAUGCCUUGUUUACUUUGGGUUGGGGUAUCAUUACAUUUAAGGAUAAGAAGGAUAAGUAUGAGGAAUUGAAGUUGCAGAUUGAUGAGGCCAAGGCCUUUUACAGCUCCAAGGGUAUUAGCUUAGAUUAA